AUGGCUACGGAUCCCUUUGACUCGGCGCUCGACCUCCUCCGCCGCCUGAAUCCGAAACACACGAGCGAGCAUCUCAACGCAAUCAUCUCCCUGGCCCCUGACCUGACCGAAGACCUCCUCUCGUCCGUCGACCAGCCCCUCACCGUCAAGCGUUGUAGACAAACCGGCCGAGACUACCUCCUCUGCGACUACAACCGUGACGGCGACAGCUACCGCUCGCCAUGGAGCAACCAGUUUGAUCCUCCACUGGACGAGGGCGGCGUGGGCGGUGGCGCCAUUCCCAACGAGAGGGUGCGCAAGAUGGAGAUCAAGGCCAACGAGGCCUUUGACAUUUACAGGGAGCUGUACUACGAGGGCGGCGUGAGCAGCGUGUACCUGUGGAACCUGGACGACGGAUUCGCCGGCGUCGUGUUGGUCAAGAAAUCUGCCACCCCCGGAACCAACACCGAGGGAGUCUGGGACUCGAUCCACGUCUUCGAGGCCAUUGAGCGCGGCCGAACAACCCACUACAAGCUCACCUCCACCGUCAUCCUAUCGCUGUCCACCAACGUCGAGGGCACCGUAGGCGACAUGGACCUCAGCGGCAACAUGACUCGACAGGUGGAGCAGGACCUGCCCGUCGAGAACGACGACAGCCACAUCGCAAACGUCGGCCGCCUGGUCGAGGACAUGGAGCUCAAAAUGCGCAACUUGCUGCAGGACGUCUACUUUGGCAAGGCCAAGGACGUGGUGGGCGACCUGCGGAGCGUUGGCAGCCUGAGCGAUGGCGCGAGGGAGCGGGAGACGCAGCGGGAGAUUAUUGGCAGCAUGAAGCGGUGAUGAGGAUGUGUUUUUUUGACGAGGAUUGAGGGGAUUGAGGGGGGGAGUAUCUGCGUGUGUGUUUUGACAAUGAUGAAAGACCAAGCGCUCGAAUAUAUGAAAGCAAAUAAACCUG